UUCAGAAGAGUAAUGGUUGUUUCUCUGUUUGCUUUACAAUUCAAACAUCUAAACUUCAGCGUUUUUAUGUGGUCUUGCUACUAUCACAAACUCGGUGAAAUUAGAUAAAUGACCAUUUCUGGUUUCAUAGAUCUUUUAUUUAUCUGUUUUUAUGAACUGCAUCCAAUCCUCAAAGUGGGCUUUUAUUUGUCAUUUAUUCAGAAUUUCCUGUGUUUCACUAGUCUUCUAUGAAAGGCCUAAAUAAUGGAGAGCUGCAAACCUUUUCUUUGCUUGUCACUCAUCUCUGUAAAGCCUCUGUUUUUCGCAGUUGUUUGCCAUUUCUCUGUGUCCCAGGACCUCCUUCCUAAGCUACUCAAUUCAGCUUGAAAGCUAAAUUGUUUUUCAUUCUACCGGGCUCCUGUGGGAACACUCAGACCUUUAGAAAUAAGUUCAUACCCUUUCCUGAUUUGUGCCUUCCCACAAUGUCAUUGUGAAGGGCGGAGAGCCACCCUGACCUUUUUGUUGGGCAUUUUGCAACAUUAAAUUGUUGCAUUCAUAUAUAAUUACAUAAAUAAAGUUACUACUUAUACCAUAGCUUAUCUACAGCAACUUGAAUGAAUAUUCAAGCCCCUCAAACCUUUUUUUUAUGUUUCUUGACUUAACAACCACAAAGUUCAAUAUUUUAUUACUUGAUAUUUUGUGGUAAACCAGCAUGAAAUAUUUGAUAAUUGUGUGGACUGUGUGGAGAGACUGGUUUUAUUUUUCACUUAUCUUUUCUUACAAAAUAGCUGAAGCCAAGUAAGUUUGGAAGAAGAGCGUCUGUGAACAUCAGUGUUCAAGUCUUACCACAGAUAUGAACUGUCCCCCCAUCAUCUCUUUAGCAAAACGCAAGCAGGACUUCUUGUAGCUUUCUUUCGACGACGCUCCUCUUCUCGACGUUAAAAGAUAAAAGCCAGACUUUAGAAGAUGUUACUGUAAGAGUCCCAUUCAUUUCCUUCAUUGGUGCUAAUGUACUGUGGCUGGGCUCGUUUUGGUCCUGAUAAUGAAUCACAUUAUUCACGCCUCACCCUCAGUUGAGCAUAUUAUUCUCAUUACUCUGAGUAAACCAUGUUUUUUUUUUUUUUUUUUUUUUAUCAGCUGGGGAUAUUUUGCUGAUUAUUGUGUAAUGAGAAUAAAACAGCUAAUCACACUUAGCGUCUUGAACUGUCCUCUCUUUGGUUCGCACGACAAUUAAACCGCAUUAGUCAUGCAGGAACACGUGACAUGCUGGCCGCCUCCUGGGGUUUUGUUAUUCUUAGAGAAAUUAGAAUUAAUGCAAAAUGUUGUGUUCAUUUUUCCAUGUCAUGGCAGAUUUUCUGCUAGAAUAUCUUUCUAUUUCAAAUUGAUUGCCAUCAUUUCAUUGACAGGGAUUUUAUCAAGCUGUGUAACUGCUAAAUGUGUUUAUGUUGCAUGUUGACAUAAGCUGUCCCUUUUGUCUUGCUUAAAAUAAGCCAUCGUUAUUAUUGUCGGAUGUUUUAUUCUGUACUCUGACUUUAUAAAAUAUAAUAUUACAUUUGGAAUCUCGGCACAAAAAAAAAAAAAACAAGCUGAGAAGACGUUUUAUCUUGACAGUAAAAUUGUUCUGGAAGUUGCACAAGCCACAGCAAUGACUCUUUCCCCACUAAAUUACUGCAAACUAACAGCUUAGCUAAUCAAAUUAUAUCGUACAAACCAGGAAGCUAUAAAUACCCUGUCAGCACGAAAACAAUUUCUACUCAAUUGCAUUCGGUUUAUUUCAGCUGUGAGAACCAUUUACCAUCUUUCCUCAAGGAAAAUAAACACACAGAGUCCAACUUGAGAUUCACAACUCUUACAGCGUUACAGAGCCAGGUGUUUCUGAGUCACUGAGAUGAAAAACACAUAAAUUUAAUAAUCAGGAUUUUUUUCAUAUGAGUUAAAGAACAUACUGUUUGUUUUUCUGAUGAGAAAAUGGAAACACAUAUGCCAAUGGCCCAUGAGAGAGUAUUUCUACUGGCAGUAAAUGGUAUAUUUAUUUUAGAAAUAGCUGCACCAAAUAGCUCAGAUAUUGGUUUUAAAGUGGCUCUGUCAGUGCAGUUGUGCCAACAACAACAAGCAUUCUGAGGUCAAACAGAGAGAGGUCACGUCAAGGCAGAGGAAUGUAGAAAAAGCUGCCCCUGCUCUAAUGCGCAUCUUCAGACACUGAAUUCAAAAUCACAGUCUUGCAAAAGUAUUCAUAGCUCUUGAUUUUUUUUUUCUUCUAAUUUUUCACAUUAAAACCACAAACUUGUUAAAUUUGGUUUCUAUGUGAUAGAUACAAAUUGUGAAGUGGAGGGAAAACCAGACGAUGAUUACAAUGUGUUUUUACAGAUAAAAAUGUGAAAAGAGGGCUGUAUAUUUGUGUUCAGCCUUAAUGAGCCAAUACGCAGCAGAAUCACCUACAACUUUAAGCCUUUUGAGGGUUUAACUCUACCAGCUUUGCACAUUAAGACACAGAUUUAUUUAUUUAUGUAUUUAUUUUGCAAUUUAGCCAUAGUUAAGUAAUGCUGGAUACAGAGCAAGUGUGAACCUAAACUUUCAAAACUCCUUGUUGAAUUUAGAAUCAAAACAAGCACAUAUAAUCAUAAUAAAAUAUAUUGAAGUUUGUGUUUGCAAAAGUGACUAAAUGUGGAAAAGUACAAAGGCUGUGAAUGCUGAAAGAGCAACAAUGCAAGAGCAACAAUUUCAGGGUAAAAAAAAAUUUGCUCAAUGACUAAUGCUGUAAGUGUUUGAGGUUUUUACUGUCAUGCUUGAAGAUGGGGAAAAAAGUAACACAACAAUGGUGAGUAACGACUGAGACUUUGGAUCUGCUACUUAGAGGGAUAUUAGAAAAUGAUUGAAAUUUUAUAAAAAGACAUGCAUGUUGAUAUUUUAGUUAACUUUAAUGUGUGUUCUUCUUUCUUACAGUGCCACUUUUUGUCUGAGUUGCCAGUAUCUCCAUCAUCAACUUAAUCCCGUCUUCAUGCUGUUAAUGUGGGUCACCACCAACAGGAUGAACUACAAUAAUACUGAAUCCUGGCUUUGUAGCAACACCUCAUUUUCCACCCUGCCCAUAACAAACACGCCAGCUAACAGGAGUGGCAUGGGAGCGUAUCUUGAAAGACUGGCCCAUUUAGACGAAGGACUGUACAAUGAUUUCUACGGCCUCUGGAUUGCACUGAUGGUCAUAAACUCUGUCAUAUUCCUGGUGGGCAUGCUGCUCAACACAGUUGCACUCUACGUUUUUUGUUACCGUACGAAGCAGAAGACCACCUCAGUGAUCUACACCAUCAACCUGGCAGUGACGGACCUCUUGGUGAAUCUCUCUCUGCCAACCCGCAUCUCGCUCUACUACAGCGGUGGAGCUUGCCUCACCUGCUCCUACAUGCACAUAUUCAGCUACUUUGUGAACAUGUACUGCAGCAUCUUAUUUCUAACCUGCAUAUGUGUUGACCGUUACCUUGCCAUUGUGCAGGUUGAAGCUUCACGUCGUUGGAGGAACUCCAGCGUAGCCAAGCUGGUCUGCAUUACCGUCUGGCUGUUUGCCAUCGUGGUCACAUACUCCUUUCUCUCCACUGCGUUCCAGCACACAGGCUGCUGCAUCUCAAAGCUCCUCUUCCUCACAAUCACCGAGUUCUUUUUACCCCUCAUCGUCAUUGUGGUUUUUACUCUUCGCAUUAUGUGGGCCCUGACUGACCGUCGACUCAUGCAGCAGAGCAGGAAGCGGAGGAGAAGAGCUGUCCAGCUGCUGAUUACUGUGCUGAUCAUCUUCACAGUCUGCUUCACUCCCUUCCACAUCAGACAAGUUUUAUUGUAUUUCUACCCUGACAUGCCCCAUCAAGUGAUUGUGUACCACUUAACCGUCACUCUAAGUAGCUUGAACAGCUGUAUGGAUCCAGUUGUCUACUGCUUUGUAACAAAUAAUUUUAAGGCUACAAUGAAACAUAUUUUCCGUCGUGCCGAGCCAGAGCAGACCAGUGGUGACAUUGUCAGUAUGCAGCACAGCUCCAAGGCCUCUGGGCGGACAGUUAGCGCCAUCACCAAUAACAGGAUCAUGAUGACCAGGAUUCCCAGCAUACGACUGAGAGACAUUUUGGAUAACAAACAUACUCCAUGAAACUGUGCUAGCAAGAGGUGCUUGGUUUUAUAUUUGACAGAGAUGAAUAGUUUCUUAAAACAUUGGUUCAUUAACAAAAAAAGAAAAAUGCUUUCCCUUGUAAUGACCGUGAAUCUUCAGCUCAGGACUUAUAGUCAAGAUAUAAGUUUUUAGUAUGAGCUCUACAGCAAAAAGAAAUAUAGGUGGGUGUGACUAAUUAUGGGCAAUGACUAGAGACGGAUUUUGUUUGCGACCAACUAUCAUCAUGCAGAGCCAAAGUCAUCUCUCUCAAUUUUCAUCUGGUGAUGUUGCUUCUCAGAAGACUAAUAAAGGACCUUUGUAUCAUUGCUUAAAGGAUACACAAUGAAGUCUCAUUGAAGCUUCUUCAGAUAUAAUGAAAUGUAUUGACAUCAUUGCAUUAAAAAAAAAAGUAUUUGCCUUGUAGGCUAAUGCUUUUA